AAACCAGUUCUCAAAUCUUCAUGGUUGUUUAUAAUUCAAAUGCUCGCCGAAUCCUAACUUUUGUGACAAUUGAGAAUUGUUAUGUCAAGUUUCGUUGAUAACUCUUUAAAUCUAAUUGAAUGUAUCGCGUUGCCGUGAUAUGAGACGCUUGGAUUAAUCUUCUUGGCGCGUUUAUUUGGAUUUCGCUUUAACCUAUGUGUGAUAGUACUUAAUAAUCACGCCGAGCUUCUGAACCGGUGGAAUUAGCUGUCGUCAUAAAAUAAUAUUUUAGAAUAUGCUGAUUGCCAUUAAAUACUAAUCGUCAGGAUAUGUUGUUGCUGCGUGAAAAUGCUGCCUCUGGUGAAGAAGGAACCACUUGAUGAAGACAGCCUAGCUCUGGUGGAUGGUAUUCGAAGUAAUUCAGAUGUCACGAAUAGGGGUGCUAAUAACAUGGCCAAUGCAAUGGAACGGCACAUACAACAGACUAACGAUCGUCUACACUGCAUCAAAGAGGCGCUAAGUUCCCCCAGUGCUUUUCAAGGAGCAGCGAGAGAACUCCUAGAGUGGUGUGGUGACCCUAGGGCCUUCCAAAAUGCGUUUGAGCAAAACCUUAUUGGAUGCCUUACGGUGAUCAGCCAGGUAUCACAACAACCAGGAUUCGAUCUAGAUCUUGGCUAUCGACUUCUCGCUGUUUGUGCAGCUCAAAGGGAAAAGUUCUCUCCGAAAUCUGCAGCUUUGUUGUCUGUGUGGUGCGAAGAGCACGGUAGGUUACUUCUUUUACGUCAUCAAAAGACGCGGGACGGAGACGUUGCGGCUACUGUCAAAACUGAACCAUCUGACAAUAUGCACCAAACACUUCAAAAGCCGCCACCUCCCACCGCACCUCAAAGUGAUCCUGCCAUGUCUCUUGGAGGCUGGCAGCAGUCACCGUCAUCCGGCCCUGCGAGCGGUGGUGCCCCUCCCCAAGGGCCACAACAGCAGCUGUCCGUGGUCACCACUGUGUGGGGCGUCACCACAACGACGCAGAGCGGGCCUCUCGCACACAGUUCCUUUGGUGCGAACACUAGCACCACGAUCGCCCCGAUGCCUUACACCCAAGGGGCGCCUCCACAAAACAGCGGUUACCCUCCCGCAAAUGGGGCUUCAUCCAAAACACCCUACCAAACACAAUCUAUGAAUUCGCGGCAAACUGGAGGACCUCCCGGUUACAAUUAUAGUUCAAAUUCAAAUCAAAUGAGCAGUACAAUAGGACCCAAUGCAAUAGGAAAUCAAGGACACAACAAUGGUUCAGAAUUUCAGUCUUCAUCAUCUGCGCUAAGUGCUGCUGCCUUGGUUGCUGCUGCAGCAACUGCUACAGCCACUGCAACUGCAAGUGUAGUUGCUCUUCAAGAAAGACAACAACAAGAAGCUGUUCUCAAUAAUCAGUAUAAUCAAGGUAUUCCAGGCCAACAGUUUCAACCAGGUUACAAUUCUCAUCAUUCAAGAGUUUCAUCCAAUACUGAUGUGUCCAGUCCUUUGGGGACUCAUAUGAAUAAUCCAAUGAACAGUCAUAUGGGCAACAGUGCUUUGAUGAAUAUGCCCAACAACAUGCCUUCAGUGAAUUCUAUGAACUCUGGCAUGGGAAUGAAUGGUCCCAUGGGCAUGAACAAAAGUAUAGGAAUGGGCGGUCAGCCUCACCCUUCCAUGUAUUCUGGAAACAAUCCUGGAAUGGCACCACAGAGUCGGUCACGAGCUUCUCCUUAUCCUAAUCCCCAACAGCAUAUGGCACAAAAGAGGCCAAAUCAUUAUAACAUGAUGUCUCAACAUUAUGGUCCUGGAAUGCAUCCAUAUAAUUCUAAUCCUCCUCAGAAUUACAAUUCUGGACAGGGUUGUGUAUGUUGUUCACAGUAUCCUGGUAACCCACCGCCAUCUCAGUAUGGAAAACAGCAACCCUAUACACCACCACAGCAUAUGCCGACUGGGGCCUAUCCAUCCCAGCAGCACAUGCGGUCCUCACUAAGGCCUCAGGCUCCUCCUUAUUCCAGUCAACCCAGUCAUUAUUAUCAUCAGUCACAAAUGAAUGGGGCACCACCUCCACAAACACAAUAUGAUCCUCAUUACACAAACCAAUUCACACAACCCAACAUUCAGAGGAACAUGAAUUAUCAGCCAAUGUCAAUUCCUGGAAACCCUACUCCACCUCUCACCCCUGCAUCUGUUGUUCCACCAUAUCUAUCACCAAAUGCUGACAUGAAGCCCACUUUUCCAGAUACUAAACCAAAUGUACCUCCACCCAUCAAAGAUGAUGAGUUACGCUUGACUUUCCCCGUUCGUGAUGGCAUCAUUUUAGCUCCAUUCAGACUGGAACAUAACUUAGCUGUAAGUAAUCAUGUCUUCCAUCUAAAGCCAUCUGUGCACCAGACACUCAUGUGGCGGACAGAUCUGGAGUUACAGUUAAAAUGCUUCCACCAUGAAGACCGACAGAUGAACACCAAUUGGCCAGCUUCAGUUCAAGUUUCUGUAAAUGCAACUCCACUGAGUAUUGACCGUGGGGAAAACAAAGCUUCCCACAAACCUCUUUACCUGAAAGAGGUUUGUCAACCUGGUAGAAAUACAAUACAGAUAACUGUUACUGCAUGUUGUUGUUCUCAUCUAUUUUUGCUACAACUUGUCCAUCGUCCGACUGUUCGAUCGGUACUUCAAGGUCUCCUUCGAAAGCGUCUCCUACCAGCUGACCACUGUGUGGCUAAAAUCAAACGAAACUUUUCCAGUGCAGCUGCUUCCAACAAUGCUCUUAAUAUGGAGGAUGGCGUAGAACAAACUGCAAUCAAAGUGUCAUUAAAGUGUCCCAUCACUUUCAAGAGGAUAACUCUGCCAGCUCGAGGUCAAGAAUGCAAACAUAUACAGUGCUUUGACCUUGAAUCUUAUCUACAACUUAAUUGUGAGAGAGGUGCUUGGAGAUGUCCUGUUUGCAACAAACCGGCUCUUCUUGAAGGUUUAGAGGUUGACCAAUACAUUUGGGGUAUACUAACUAAUCUGAGUAAUUCUGAUGUGGAAGAAGUAACUAUUGAUUCUACAGCAAGUUGGAAACCAGUGCCUGUUAAAGCUGUCAAAGAGGAAACAGAUGGGGUUGAAGCAUGUGGUGCUCAGAAACGUUUCAAAGCCAUGUCGCCAAGUAGCAUGACGAUGCCAACAACUUCAGCAUGGGAAAUGGGACAAGGCCUCUCUCCCUACUCUUCCCUACCUCCUCCCGAUAUGCAAUCUAUUGCAAAUGGUCCUGUCCCCAAUGGCCCUAUGAUGUUAAAUGGCUCUGGGUAUGGAAGCAACAGUGGCUAUGAAUUUCAGUCCCAAGCAACUGAUUUCAGUAGCCCUUUGUCUCACCUGAAUGAAAGUGUCUCCUCAUUAGAUCCUCUUGCAGCCAUGGAAAAAUCAUUAAAUCACCAUGAACAACAAAUGGGACUUCCCAGUCUCCACGAUCAAGGCAACCAGUCUCUACGGCAGCCUUCCACCACAUCCACUACAAGCACAAAUCAAUCAUCCUUGCAUCAAACCAGCACCGGUACCCCUGGUACACCUUCAUCCAGCCAAAGUCUUCUGCAACAUGGUCCAAACACACCACACACACCUCAUACCCCACACACACCUGGUAAUUCAGGCAGCGGUGGUCCACCCAGUGUACCACCACCCUCUAAUCCCUCCCAAACAACAGAAAAUAGCAGUAGUGGUACAAAUAGUGGAAAUGCCAUCGUUAGUCAGCCUAGUAGUCAAGCAUCAACUAACAGCGAUUCAUCUCUCUCACAUGCUCCUGAUCUAGGGGACUUAAAUUUUGAUCCAGCUGCAGUCAUAGAAGGAGAAGGUCAGGGCCAAGAAGCUCUAAAUGUAAAUAUUCUUAAUCUUUUACCUGAAAGUGUUGAUCCUAUGGAACUCUUGUCAUACCUCGAUACACCAGAUCCUGUUACAAAUGUCUCAUCAGGCACAUCCACUUCAACAACGGCUACAAGUACAAGUGGCAACACAUCAGGUGGUAAUGAUGACCUUUUAGCCUUGUUUGAGCCAUGAAUCAACUUUAUUGAACUCUGUAUUCAUUCCUUAAAAGAAUAUCUUUAUUAAGUGUUCAAAGACCUGUGCCAGUAUAUUCUCAUUUUUUUUUCUUUUAAAAUUGUACAUUCAUCAUUAUCUUUUAAACAUUUUCAACAAUAUGCAGAAAAUAAUAUCAUUUCAGCUUUUUUUUUUUAAAUUCUUCGAACGUUUUUAUGUGUUGUGGUCAUAUUCAUUUUCAUCAGACAAGAACACUGAUAGAACUCGAACCUGGCACAAUAGUCUUCAAAUGAAGUGGUUGAAACCAAACUGUGAUUAAAUGGCGUCUCCAGAUACUUCUGGUUGUGUACUUUUGCCGGGUUUGUAAGCGCCGGAUGGAAACCUUUGCUUUGCAUGUUGCACAAACUGAAAUGAACAACAUCCACGUUUACAUUGUUGAAGAGUAUUUUCUUCUUGUAGAUUAACACCUUGUAAUAAAUGUACAGUUUCAAUUUACUUCAACAAAUAUAUAUAGAAAAAUGCUACCUUGUAGUCAUUGUUAAAAAUAAUGCACUUCAAUAAGAGCAACAGUUUAUAAGAACAGGAGAAAUCUGUAACUGUAUCUUUAACUGUUCUUGUCAAUAUUCAAAUUUCAGUCUGUUGAAAAGUGUGUAAAAAUGCUAGCUGACCUGCUUUAUUGUAGUAUUUAGAUUUUUAAAAAUCUGUAUCUUUCAUGGCAUCCUACCAGAUAUGAGGCUUUUAUCUUCAUAGCUGUAUUCGAGCUACAAAAACAAAUUCAACUCGAGAAUAUUUUACAAAUGGAAUAUUUGAUAUGUAUUGAUACCAUUUAGAAUUAAAAAACACCACCUAUUAGAUCAAAGUUUUUAAAACUCAAAGCUUUUUGAUACACCAUUUUUAAAAUUUUUAACCUCUAAAGUUUAUUUUAUUUGUUUCAAUACCAUAAAACACUUUUUUGGUUUUAAUUCAUAAUACGAGAUUUUUUACCAAAUGUAUUAGAGAUAAUAAAUUCUUUCUUAUACCUCUAUAUAAAUAUUUGAUUUUAAUAAGAGGUUUAACUAUUAUGUUUAUGUGUUGCAAUCGAAACUAAGACAUAUUAAAAUUUAACGAACUACAAAACAUUCAAUGUUGUCACUCACAUAAUUUUGAAAUUUCUCUAAAUUAUUACCUAAAAAAAAUUUUUUUUUCAUCUUGAAAUAAAUUGUUUAGUAGAUAAAUUUUUAUUGAUUGAUAGCAGUAUAAAUAAAGUAUUGUCAUUUUAAAUAUAUUCUUACAUCACAAAAUAUUUAAAAAAAAUUAUGAUAGUUUUUCCUGUUAAAGUAUGAUAACUAUACAAAUUGCAUACUAUCAGAAUUGUGACAAAAAUUAACAAUGAUAAUAAUUUAUUAUAUAGAUUAUAAAACAAUACAAUGUUAGUCACAUAAGUGAAAAUCAAUCCUUUAAGAGUUAACUCCAAUUUGAGGUCAGAGCAUAACUUAUUCUUUAAUUAUUAUAAUUAUUAAGUUUCUGUGUUGCUUAUUUUUUAUCUAUGUUAUGUAAACUAAACUGGGCAGAAAAUGUUCUUAAGAUUUACGGCAGUUAAAUUAAUAUGUAAUAAUAAAUGUUACAGAAAAACUUAGAUAAAAGUUUUAACUUUAUUAAAUAAUAUAUGAUUAAUCUUAUAUGAUUGUGAAUAGUGAUUGAAAUCAUUUUAAAUAUAUAAUAAUUAAGGCAAUAAAAAUAAUAAGGAUAACAAAAAUUAUAAUGCAAUAAUUAAAGUUACUUACUAUAUUUAGUAUUCCUAUUCUAAUGUAAUGUUAGAAAGGAUUUGCAAUAUUUUUGCUGAAUAGGGAAGAUAUUCAUGAUCAUUGCUUAUAUAAGACACUUAAUUUACUUUCAUUAGGUAAAAAAAUCGAUAAAAAUAAAAAUGUAUAAAUCGAAGAAAAAAAAUCUUUUUUUGGGGGCGGGGGUACAUAAAAACAUAUAGAUAUUACAUAAACCAGUUAGAGUUGUUAUUUAUUUCUUCUUCUUCUUUUUUUUUUUUUUUUUUUUUUUUUUUUUUUUGAUGGGAAAGUCGGUCAAAAGUAUCUUUGCAUUAUAUUUGAAUGGCUUCUUAUAAUAAAUUAUUAAUCAUUUUACUCACAUAUACUUUGAUGCUAGAUUUUUAAAAUGACUCUACUUUAGUCUGUUUUCUUUUUAUUUGACUUGGGAUUAAAAUUAUUAAAAAAAUUCUCAUAAUUUAUCGGUAACUAUUUUUUAUGAAUGCUUUUAUAUUGUAGUUUUUGUUCUGGAUAAGUAAGUAUUAUGAGAUUAUCAUUAACAGACCCAUUCAUUCCAUUGUAUUGUGUAGCCCAAAGAAGCAAUAAUGUUCUUGUUCACAAAUCUCCAACAAUUUUAGAUAACUUUUCAAAGCUCUAGUCGGAGACACAAGCGCAAGAGCAUUAACAACUGUUCCUACAACUGUUACUGUUUCUAAAUACGUAUCAAACGAUAGAAGAACUGUAUUACUUGUACCUGGAUCAGGCGUCCGUACUGUACAUAAUAUUAAUAUAGUUAUGAAAUUGUUUAGAAAUGAUGAAAAUUGUAUAAAUAAAAGUUAAAGAUGUGUUUUUCUGCGAUAAGGUCUGUGAGAUGCUGUAUUUUCUGUACAUUAAAUUCAUGUCCUGAGUGUUGUGUAUAAUCAAAAUGAAGAGAGGUUGAAGCGAUUGUUAUUAAUUUCUUUUUUAAACGAAUUUAGUUACUGUGAUAAAUGCAAUUAUUUACUUAUUUUAAGUGUAGUCUUAUUCAUCUAUGAGCUCUCUGUUGUCUAUGAUUGUAUUAGCCUCAUACGAUUUUGAAAUUCUCUAUACUUAUUAUAAUUAUAUAAUUUGCUAAUAAAAAAAUUAAAAAAAUUGUGAGAUGGUAUUAUAAUACGUUUCAAUUAAUCAUCUGCUUGUCCUGAACUUAAACAAAAAGUUGUUGAAUGAGUGAGUUCUGUGAUACUGAGCUUGUGAAGUGCGUUUGAAAUUGUUAACAUCAUUACCAUAACGAGUUGAAAAAGUUUAAUUGGUUUAAGCACCAGAGAAGGGAAAUUUUAUUUGGCAAUUAGCAGUGAAAUAAAAUUUUAUGGGACAUAUGCAUUGAGAAAUUGAGCAUCUGAUUGGUGCCAUUUUGUUCGAUUAGUGUUGAGAAAGGUCCCUAAGUUUCUAAAAAUUAUGAAUUAUAAAUUAUUUUUAAUAUGUUUAACUAUUGUUUGUUUUUUUUUUAAAAUAAUUUUAAACAUAGAAUUUUUUUCUAAAUAAAGGACUAUGAAAUCAUUAGAAAACUCUGAACUGAUCCUGUUCCAAAAGUCUGCAGUUAGCGAAUGUUUACUAUUUGGAAGUUUAAAUGCUUUGAAGUGCAUCUUGCUAGUAUCAUAUAACUCACCCAGAAUAAAUCGAUAUUCAGUAUUAGUGAUAUCAUUGUUCGGCCCAAUUUACUUCUGAAUAAUUGCUAUGCUGUUAUCACAUAUAAUAUCUCAUUUGAUAGAAUGCAUUGUCAUGCUAUGAAUUUACAUACGGGAGCAAUUUAAGGAAAUGCAAUAUAUAUUUGUGACUAUAAUUUCUUCAAUAUUUUUCUGAAUAAUUUUUAUGCUUUCAUUUAUUAAACGUAUGACAUAACUGCUUGUUAAUUAAAUUCUUUACUUAAUCUAAUUUAAUCUUUUUUUUUCCCUUUCCCAAAAAAAGACAAUAAAAACAUCUUGAUAACUAUUGUAUUGAUUUUAGUUUUUUAAAAAAAUAACUUUUUAAUGCAUAUUAUUCAAUAUUAAUAAUCUAAUAUAUUCAGUUAAAGUAACAUUUUAAAUAAAAAUUUCCAUCGAUUGAGCUUUUCUUCAUUUGUGGCAACAAUAUAAUUAUGUACCUUUUAAUGCUGUAAUGAAUGUUCAUUAGCUAUUCUAAGAAAAGGUUUAGAAAAUUGAUUUGCAUGUUCUUGUCUCAAUAUUUUAACCUACUUUGAAUCAAAUAAUUGUGUUUAAACUGUUAUAUUGGAAAAUAGUUAUGUUGUGUAAAUUAAUAUAAUUAUAAAGUGUUAGUUAUUAUUUUUUGAUAUGGAUAACAGAGAGUGUCCCAUUUAAUCACUAAAUUAAUUUAAAAACAGCAUACACAAGCAACUACUAAGUUUUAAAUACUGUUGAAUUUAUUUUAGUUACAAUACACUUAAUAAAGACAAAACAGUGCUUGAGGUAAUUUUAUCUCUGGUUAUAAUAGAUGGUAAUUAUCUGUAUAGAUGAAAUUUAUAGCAAUAAAUUUAUAAUAAACACUGAAUAAUUUACGAUAAAACUGAAUAAUUUAUAAUAAAACUGAAUAAUUUAAUUAGUUUUAAUACUAUUUUUUUUAAAAAUAUAUAUUAUAAUGCUUUUGCAUGUGCAUUUUUAAAAUAAUGUUUAAUUUUGUACAUAUUGAAAUAUUUGUAUUUUAAUUCAAACUUAAAAUAAUUUUAAUGCUAACUGUAAAUUUAUUCCUUAUGAGGCUAAUUAUAAACCAAACAAAAAAUUUGAAUGAAUAAAAAGGAAAACUUGUGAUAAUUGAACCUGUCUUACCUCUAAAACAACCUUAAAUAUAUCAUUAUAAAAUACCUCUUUGUCAUUAUUACUGUAUGCUUUUUUUCCUUCCUGUCACGAUACCCCAUAAAUUCUUUUUGUUAAUAAUUACAGUUUGGAAAAAAAAUAUAUUUUGGGGAAAGAUUUUUAUAUAAAAGAUAAAAUUUAAUGUUGAAUUAAUGAUGUGGACGGACACUUUUUAACUAUUGAGGUGACUACUCAAUAUUGAUUGUACAAUGUUUGGCAAUUUUAAUUCUAUUACCUGUUAGAAGUGGUGGGGUGAACAAAAAUAAGCCCCAAGAUGAACACUUUGCUGUACAAAGCUUUGCCCAAUCAGUAUUUGUGCUGUGCUGUUUUGUGGUAACAUUGUAUUAGUAGAUAUAGAAGAAAUAUUUAUACAAAUAAAAAGAAACUUGUAUUA